AUGGCGGAGCUCAAAGAGGCAGACGCUGCUCAGCUUCACCAGGAGGACGUCGAUAUCAAACGUGGAGAUGGUGGUGGAGAUGCACCGUCAGUUGGUGACCAAGCUGCAGAACAGGCAGUGAAGACUGAAGCUGCUGCAGACAGCGAUGCCAAACCCUCAACCACAACCCCUGAGAGACACGUCUCCAUCCAAACUAUAUUGGAGGGACUCGAGGUGCUGGUUGACCUCAAUGGUGCGGGACGUAAAUCGUGUCCUCUGUGUCCCGAGGAGAAGUUUAAAGCCUGCUACAGCCACAAGCUCCGCCGACACCUGCAGAACCUCCACUGGAAAGUUUACGUGGAGUUUGAAGGUCAGAGAAUGUGCAUCUGCCACCUGCCCUGCAGAAACCUGAAGCCCAGCCUCAGUGGAGAUCAGGCAUCGGGGAGACACGUGGCUCACUACCACUGUGUGGUGUGUUCUGUGACCAUCGCCCGCAAGACAGACAUGGUCAGCCACCUGAAGCGACACGUCAACAAAGGAGAGACUGAAGCCAGCUACUCCGGGAGCUCAGACGUCCCGUUUGAGGAGCCAGCUCCGUCCGGUCAGGCCUAUGAAAUCAUGAAAGAACUCGGAACCAACGUCCAGCUCCUCCCGAACCACACCACCCCGCAGAAGAGCGACACUUACUUCAACCGCAAGAUGAAGACCAACAGGCAGCUGGUGUUUUGUUCGCUGGCUGUUCUGGCGGAGGAGAGAAACCCGCUCGAGUGUCUGGACGCUUUUGGAGCCACAGGGAUUAUGGGCCUCCAGUGGGCGAAGCACCUUCGUAACGCCGUCAAAGUCACCAUAACCGAUAUCAGCGACACGUGCAUCAAAAUGAUCAAAGAGAACUGCGAGCUCAACCACAUUCGGGUGGACGGAGGCUCACGUGGCUCACGAGGCCCCCGGGGGCCCGACGGGGCCGGCAGCGAAGUCGAGGGAGCGCCCAUCGCCACGGUGGAGGUCGUCAAGAUGGACGCCAACGUCACUAUGCACCUGUGGCCCUUUGACUACAUCCACUUGGAUCCGUUUGGGACGGCAGUGAACUACCUGGACGCCGCCUUCAGAAACGUCCGGAACCUGGGCAUCAUCUCUGUGACGUCCACAGACACGGGCUCUCUGUACUCCAAGGCUCCCAACGUCACCCUGCGUCACUACGGCUGCCACAUCGUUCGCACGGAGUACUACAGGGAGCUGGCCGCACGCAUGGUGGUGGCCACUAUGGCCAGGGCGGCGGCUCGCUGUAACAAAGGCAUCGAGGUGCUGCUGGCGGUGGCGUUGGAGCACUUCGUCCUGGUGGUGGUGAGAGUCCUCAGAGGUCCCACACAGGCUGAUGAGUCAGCGAAGAAGUUACGGAAACUGGUCCACUGUCAGUGGUGUGAGGAGAGAGUCUUCCUCAAACAGGGAAACAUGGUGGACGACACGCUGCCCUGUAACUGUCAUGGAAGUCUGCCCGGAAAGACAGCAGUGCAGCUGGGACCGCUAUGGUCUGGUCCUCUGUUUAACACGGGCUUCCUGAGGAGGAUGCUGUCGGCGGCAGUGCAGCACAGCAUGGACGACAUCCAGGCGCUCGUCAAAAAUCUCAUCUGCGAGUCCGACUGCACCACCCUCAAGUCUUUAGUCCACGGGCCGUCCGCUCUCACCAACCAGGUGGAGUGCGGCGUCGUCAUCAAGACCUUACAGAGCGGAGAGGAGUCGGGUCCCGCUGAGCAGUCUGGUAAGAGGAAGAUGGGAGAAGAGUCGGGGAAUGUAGUGAAGAGGAUGAAGUCCGAUGGGUCUCUGAAUCACCCGCCCUUCUACUAUAGCAUUCACCGCCACAGCAUCAGAGGCAUGAACAUGCCCAAUCUUUUUAUCGUUUACAGGUUGAACAAGUUUCUUCAGUACCUGACGGAGGCCGGCUUCAGGGUGAGUCGGACUCACUUCGACCCGACGGGGGUUCGAACCGACGCCACGCUGGAGCAGUUCAAGUCUGUCCUCACCAAGUACAGCGUCCCCACGUAUACCAAUGCCACCACCAUGCAGACGAGCGUGAGCACGGAGAACACUUUGUGAGAGAAACGAGCAGGAAGGAGCUUGAUUCACACGCUUUGAUGAACAAAGUAGAUCUGCUCGUCCCGUUUCUACUCCACUUGGACUGUUUCUAUUAACCUAAACAAAGUUCUGACUGCACUGAUGUCUAAAACAAACCCACCAACUGCUCUCUAUGUGGACGUGCAUAUACUAGAACAAAGUAGUAAUCUGAUGUAAUCAAACCAAAACUUUCUUAAAACUGCAAACCAAACUGAUCCUGCUGCACAAAUGAGCCCAACUGAUCCACUGUUCCUAUUUAUUUCUGACUUCUCUUGAAAAUUCAUUGGUUACAAGAUUGUUUUCUUCUCUUCUAGAUGGUUUUUAUCAUCUUUUUUUUGUUUCUCCUGUCUUAUAAAGGCAAAAUAAAGUUUAUCUGCCAAGCCUGAA